UAAACAAAGACACAUUGGCAGAGAGAGCUCUACAUGCCAGUGUUGAGCUCCGCGCUCUGCGAACCACACGCCGUACUGGACAUUUACACACAUAUUCUGCAUCACAACCUUAUGGAUACAAUAUAGUUUAACUGAUGGUCUACUAAGAGGGAGAAUCCAGAGCUGACUCGUUUGUCUUGAACUCCGGUAUUAAAUUUCACCUGAUAUUAUCACCUUCACCGCGAACUGCAGAGGAACAGUCUCACGACUGAAGCCAUGCCCUGCGUCCAGGCUCAGUAUGGCUCAUCCCCGCAGGGCGCGAGUCCUGCGUCUCAGAGCUACAGUUACCACACCAGCGGAGAAUACAGCUGCGAUUUCCUCACGCCAGAGUUUGUGAAGUUCAGCAUGGACUUGACCAAUACCGAGAUUACCGCCGCCACCACCUCUCUGCCAAGCUUCAGCACCUUCAUGGACAACUACAACACCGGUUAUGACGUGAAGCCGCCUUGUCUUUACCAGGUGCCCCAUUCUGGAGAACAGUCCUCCAUCAAAGUGGAGGAAGUCCAGAUGCACACAUACCAUCAGCAAAGCCAUUUGGGCCCGCAGUCAGAGGAGAUGAUGGCCCACUCCGGGCCUAUGUACUUCAAACCUUCCUCACCUCACGCUCCGGGAGCGGCGAACUUCCAGGUUCAGCCCAAUCAUAUGUGGGAGGACCCCAGCUCCCUGCACACUUUUCAUCAGAACUAUAUGACCACGCAUAUGAUAGAUCAGCGCAAGAACCCCGUGUCCAGGCUUUCCCUCUUCUCCUUCAAGCAGUCUCCACCCGGAACCCCUGUUUCCAGCUGUCAGAUGCGCUUUGACGGGCCUCUCCACGUGUCCAUGGGGCAUGACAGUCCCGGAGCGCACCGAGCCCUGGACAGCCAGAAUUUCGCCGUGCCCAGUGCCAUUAGGAAACAGGCGGGAAUAGCCUUCACGCACUCCCUGCAGCUCAGUCACGGCCAUCAGCUGAUGGACAGUCAGGUGCCGUCACCCCCGUCUAGAGGAUCUCCGUCCAGCGAAGGUUUGUGCGCGGUGUGUGGGGACAACGCGGCUUGCCAGCACUAUGGAGUCAGAACGUGUGAAGGGUGCAAAGGCUUCUUUAAGCGUACAGUACAGAAGAACGCCAAAUAUGUAUGUUUAGCCAAUAAAAACUGUCCUGUGGAUAAACGCCGGAGAAACAGAUGUCAGUAUUGUCGAUUUCAGAAGUGCCUGGUGGUCGGAAUGGUGAAAGAAGUUGUCCGGACCGCCAACUUAAAGGGUCGGCGAGGCCGUUUACCCUCCAAACCCAAAAGUCCGCAGGAGUCUUCUCCCCCCUCUCCGCCCGUCAGUUUGAUCAGCGCUCUGGUUAGGGCUCAUGUGGACUCCAACCCCUCUAUGAGCAGCCUCGACUACACCAGAUUCCAAGCCAACCCAGACUACCAACUGAGCGGAGAUGACACACAACACAUCCAGCAGUUCUACGACCUCCUAACCGGAUCCAUGGAGAUCAUCCGCGGAUGGGCAGAAAAGAUUCCCGGGUUCACCGACCUGCCUAAACCGGACCAGGACUUGCUGUUCGAGUCUGCCUUCCUGGAGCUCUUCGUGCUGCGCCUGGCGUACAGGUCCAACCCGAUGGAAGGCAAACUCAUCUUCUGUAACGGUGUGGUGCUGCACAGGCUGCAGUGCGUCCGUGGAUUUGGCGAGUGGAUUGAUUCUAUAGUGGAGUUCUCGUCUAAUCUCCAGAACAUGAAUUUAGACAUAUCUGCUUUCUCAUGCAUCGCCGCCCUAGCCAUGGUCACAGAGAGACACGGACUGAAAGAACCCAAGAGAGUGGAGGACCUUCAAAACAAGAUAGUAAACUGUCUGAAAGACCAAGUCACCUUCAAUGGAGGCGGCUUGAAUCGUCCAAACUAUUUGUCCAAACUGUUGGGUAAACUGCCUGAACUGCGCACACUGUGCACACAGGGUCUGCAGCGCAUCUUCUACCUAAAACUAGAAGAUCUGGUCCCACCGCCAGCAAUAAUCGACAAACUGUUUCUUGACACUCUGCCCUUUUAAACCGCGAGAAAAGGAGAGAGAGAGAGAGAGAGAGAGAAAGAGAGAGAAUCAAACAACCUCAGAGAACUUCCACUGACUCUCUUGAAAACUGAAAGUCUGAUUUUUUUUAAUCCACCAACCAUUGCCAAAUGACGUGCGCUUUCGGAAAAAAAAAAGGAUUCAACAAUCUAAAGCCUGGAAAACAUCACGCGAAAUAAUGAUAAUAAUAACUUUUGUCAUCGGCAAGUUAUUUUGCCCCUUUAUCCCACCAAAAAAAAUACCGCUACAGAGUAUCUCAGAACAGAGAAAAAAAUAAAUAAAAAUAGGGAAGAAAGUAAUAAUAAUAUGAUAAAUUAUAAUAAAAGACACAUAUUAUUCAAUAGUAUGCCUGAUUUUGAACAAUGAAAAAUAUCUCGCCACUACUAAUCAUUGUUAACUGCAAACGUCUGUAUUCAUGGAAAAUCACAGAGUAGAGUGUAUUAUACACCAUUUCUAUAUACCUAUUCAAUAGAUUUAUGUGAUUUAUAUGAUGUAUAUAAAGCUUGUACAGAGACUUUUUUUCUUUUAUAACUUGUGCCUGUGUAUCUCUGUCAGGUGGAAAGGAGACGCAUGUUGUAGAGGACUCUUGUCUCUAUUACACACUCUAUAUUCCGGACACUAUGUAGUCUGUUAGAUUUUAUAAAGAUUCGUAGUAUUGGGGCAACUUUUAAAUAUGGCACAUGUGGAUAAAACCAGUAUCAUCUGUAGAGGUAAAAAGGGACCCAUAGUGUUUGUAAAAUUGUCAGACAUUCCCCGUUUGUAUGUGUUGUAUGUAUUGUUGCUGUUUAAUAUAAACGUUUAUAUAUUUAUUUUGAGUUCGCCGUUAAAGCAUGGUGCAGUUGAAAUGAUUUCAGACGCAUCACCGUCGUCUUUGUUUAAUGUCUUACAUGUGAUUUCAUUUGCCAUCUUCUAUUCCUGUAGGUGUGUGAAGAUCAUCACUGCCUUUUUCUAUGGUUUAUCUAAAUAUACUGCAACUCGUUCGGUUCCGAAUCAAACUUCAUGAGAAAG